AUGGCUGAGGGGCUCACUUCUAGUUUCUUCAAUCAUUUUCUUGUGCUUCUGUGGGGUGAUGGUGAUUCGGCGUAUUUAGCCCAGGCAGAUUCUGGUGUUGACUCGGAGUGGGAGUCUUUUUGUAGUAUUAUAAUGCAAAUGUGCAGAAAGUCUAGACAUGUCCCUCGAAGGAGUUCAAAUUCAGUUUCUCACUCAUCAUGGGAGUUUCUUAUCAACAGUAGUUUUCACAAGAACUACUGUAAACAAAAAUUUAUUCCUGAAAUUUCUCCUAGAACGUCACUUGAUCUGCAGGGGUCAGAUUCAUCUGGAUCUUUUCUACAUGGUAUCCAAAGCCCAACAGAGCUAUUUAUGGAGACUCUGGAUUCUUUGCAUGGAUUAUAUGAAAGCCUGAAAUUAGACAAUCUUCGCAAACGGGAUUUGGGUCUUCUGGUGGUUCUACUAUGCAAUGUUGCUGAUUUCCUGGGUGAAGAAAGCUAUUUGGAUCACUAUGUACGUGACUUUCCUGGUCUUUCAAAAAACUUUGGGAUAUGUCGGACCUCAUUUUCCCAGAAAACUCCUCCUAGUUUAUUCAGAUGGCUUGAACACUGUUUGCAACAUGGAUGUAAUUCUGCUAAUAUUAUGGACCUUUCCCCUCUGAUUCGUAAAGAUGGAAGUUCUGCUGGGAGCUGGGCCCGGAAGAUAGUUGCUUUCUAUAGCCUUUUAUGUGGUGCAGAACAGUCAGGGAAGAAACUCUCGUCUGGUGUUUACUGCAACAUUGCCUCCGGGUCAUCGUGUACGAAAGAGGAGCUAACAGUCUUGGCAAUGGUUGGGGAGAGAUUUGGUUUGCAACAGCUAGACUUGCUACCUGCUGGUGUCUCUCUUCCUCUACGACAUGCAUUGGACAAGUGCCGGGAGUCUCCUCCUACUGACUGGCCUGCUGCUGCAUAUAUUCUUCUUGGUCGGCAAGAUUUGGCUUUGUCUUGUUCGUCACAUUCAAGACAAUCUAAGGAACUUGAACCCCAUACCAAAUUGAAUUUAGUUUCUAUGUCUACACCUUACAUGCAACAUCUGCAUCCUGUGACUAUUCCUUCCUCAGUUUCUGAUACAAUUGGAUUGGAGAAUACCAAACUUGAGGACACAGAUUCCGUUGAUGGAAUUUCUACAGAUGGUAUGGAACAUAUUUUCAAUUCUAGCACACAGUUGCGGUAUGGUCGUGAUCUGCGAUUAAAUGAGGUUAGACGUCUGCUGUGCUCUGCUAGGCCUGUGGCAAUUCAAACCCCUGUUAACCCUACUGCCUCUGAUCAAGACCUCCAACAGGCUCAGUUAUGGCAGCUUGCUCAAAGGACUACUGCUCUUCCUCUUGGUCGUGGCGCAUUUACUCUCGCAACCACAUGUACUCUUUUAACAGAGGCACUCACAGUCCCAAAGCUUGUUUUAGCAGGUCGGUUGCCUGCACAACAAAAUGCGACGGUUAAUCUAGAUCCAAAUAUAAGAAAUGUAAUAGAUCUUAUAUCUUGGCCUGAGUUUCACAAUGCUGUAGCUUCCGGAUUGAGACUUGCCCCUCUCCAGGGGAAAAUGUCAAGAACAUGGAUAAUAUAUAACAAACCCGAAGAUCCAAAUGUUAUGCAUGCAGGACUGCUCUUUGCACUGGGAUUACAUGGACAUCUACGUGUUCUAACUAUUACUGAUAUAUACCAAUAUUAUUCACAGGAACAUGAAAGCACCACUGUAGGAUUAAUGCUUGGUCUUGCAGCAUCUUAUAGGGGAACUAUGCAACCCGCAAUUUCAAAGUCUCUUUAUGUACACAUACCUGCUCGCUAUCCGUCUUCCUUUCCAGAGUUGGAACUUCCAAGCCUUCUGCAGUCAGCAGCACUUAUGUCUGUUGGGCUUCUUUACGAGGGAUCAGCACACCCCCAAACAAUGCAAAUUCUUAUGGGUGAAAUCGGCCGUAGAAGUGGAGGAGACAAUGUACUUGAAAGAGAGGGCUAUGCGGUUUCUGCUGGAUUCUCAUUGGGACUUGUUGCCUUGGGUAUGGUUUCAGAUAAACUAACCGUGCUCUAUAUGAUUGAAGGUCGUGGGGAAGAUGCCCUUGGUUUCUUGGAUACUUUGGUUGAUCGACUGUUCCAAUACAUUGGUGGCAAAGAACUUAAAAAUGAGAGAUCCCAACUGCUGGCACCAUCAGCGGAUGAACACAAUCGCAGUGCCGGGCAGACGAUGGAUGGAAGUCCAGUCAAUGUUGAUGUUACUGCUCCUGGAGCUAUAAUUGCUGUGGCUCUGAUGUAUUUGAAGACUGAAUCGGAGGUGAUAUUGUCCAGACUUUCUACUCCGUGUACGCAUUUUGAUUUACAAAAUGUGAGGCCUGACUUCAUAAUGCUUCGUGUCAUUGCUCGGAAUUUGAUAAUGUGGAGUAGGGUUCAUCCUUCCGAAGAUUGGAUUCAGUUUCAGAUUCCUGAAAUUAUCCAAAACUGUGUCACAAGCCUUGGAGAUGAGAUGGGUGAUAUGAAUGAAAUGGAUACUGAAGCUUUCGUUCUGGCAUAUGUCAAUAUAGUGGCUGGAGCUUGUAUUUCUCUUGAUUGGAUUCAGUUUCAGAUUCCUGAAAUUAUCCAAAACUGUGUCACAAGCCUUGGAGAUGAGAUGGGUGAUAUGAAUGAAAUGGAUACUGAAGCUUUCGUUCUGGCAUAUGUCAAUAUAGUGGCUGGAGCUUGUAUUUCUCUUGUUGAUGUUGUGGUUGGGUAUUGUAAGUACACAGCUGAUCCCAUCUGUGGAGUUUGUUAUAUGGGUAACAUGAAUGAGAGUCAAGGGCAUAUGGUUGAUACCAUUACCUUGGCAGGGUUAAGAUUUGCUGGAACAAAAGAUGGAAAUGCACAGGAGUUGCUUUACAAAUAUGCUGCCUACUUUCUCAAUGAGAUAAAGCCUGUAUCUGCUACAAGUGGAUAUACCUGGCCAAAGGGACUGUCCAACUAUGUUGAUCGUGGCACAUUGGAGACAUGCCUUCACCUCAUUGUUCUUUCCCUUUGUGUGGUUAUGGCUGGUUCUGGACAUCUACAGACAUUUAGGUUAUUGAAAUAUCUUCGCAGUCGAAAUUGUGCAGAUGGGUACACUCACUAUGGUAAUCAGAUGGUGGUAAGCUUAGCUAUUGGUUUUUUGUUUCUUGGGGCUGGAAUGCGGAGUUUUUCGACUAGUAACAGUUCUAUUGCCGCUUUGCUGAUUACUCUUUAUCCACGCUUACCAACUGGACCAAAUGAUAAUAGGUGCCACCUUCAGGCAUUCAGGCAUUUGUAUGUUCUUGCAACGGAAGCUCGCUGGAUUCAAACGGUUGAUGUGGAUACUGGUCUACCAGUUUAUGCCCCAGUUGAAAUUACAAUUAGGGAAACUGAACAUUAUGCAGAGACAAAUUUUUGUGAAGUCACUCCUUGCAUUCUCCCUGAACGAGCUAUUUUGAAGACUGUUCGUGUUUGUGGACCUCGGUACUGGCCUCAAGUAUUGGAACUCACUCCUGAAGAGAAACCUUGGUGGAGUUCUGGUGACAAGAGUGACCCAUUUAAUUCAGGUGUCCUCUAUAUCAAACGGAAAGUUGGAGCUUGUUCAUAUGUCGAUGAUCCCAUAGGAUGUCAGUCACUGCUAUCACGAGCAAUGCAUAAGGUGUUCAGUUUAAAAAGUUUCAGAGCUUGUUCUCCAAAUGAUUGCAUUGGUGCCACUGUUGAGCAGUUGGUCAGUACCUUUUCGUCUGAUCCGAGUUUAAAUGCUUUCGCCCAACUGUGUUGUGACCCUUCUUGGAACAGCAGGCAAGUAUCAGAUUAUGUUUCUUCCUUUUGGUCUUCAUUUAUCCUGUUGUAUAAGCAUCUACUUGGCCAAUGA